UUCGGGAAAUUGAGUAUGAAAUUGAUGAUAGAAUAGGAAAUGAAAGCAAAGGGAAGGGAAGAUGAGGGGGAACGGGAAUGGCAACAACGAUGAGAGGUGGGUUCGGAAGAAGGCCACUGGGGUCAGGGCAUGGCUCCUUCUUCAAGCAAACGGCGACACGGAGGUCGUUGAGGCCGGGAAGCACGCUAUCAUGCGCCGCACUGGUCUUCCUGCACGUGACCUGCGUAUCCUGGACCCUCUCCUUUCGUACCCAUCCACCGUUCUCGGCAGAGAGAGAGCCAUCGUCAUCAACUUGGAACACAUCAAAGCCAUCAUCAUCGCUCAUGAGGUUCUCCUUCUCAAUUCCAGAGACCCCUCCGUCACCCCUUUCGUCGACGAACUCCGCGCCAGGAUCCUCCGUCAUCGCCACGCUACCACCUCCAACCCUAAACUCGAGAUGGACAAUCCUGAAGAUGGCGGCAUGAAGAUUCUCCCCUUCGAAUUUGUCGCACUCGAGGCUUGCCUUGAGGCUGCUUGCAGUGUCUUAGAAAACGAGGCAAAGACGCUCGAGCAGGAGGCUCAUCCCGCUCUCGAUAAGCUCACUUCCAAGAUCAGUACUCUCAAUCUGGAACGCGUUCGUCAAAUCAAGAGCCGUUUGGUUGCCAUCACUGGUCGUGUUCAAAAGGUAAGGGAUGAAUUGGAACACUUGCUCGAUGAUGAUGAAGAUAUGGCCGAGAUGUAUCUCACCGACAAGCUAGUUCAGCAGCAGUUCGAAACUUCUUCUGCUGAAGAAGAUCAUGAUGGGGACGCCAUGGAUAAUCUUCUUCAACCAGAUAUAGAUGAGGACGGGACACAUCCUGAAAUAUCAUUGGAACCUGGUGGAGCCAAUACAAGUGAUGAAGAUCAUCAAAAUGCUCAACACCCUUCUAGUUUACUUAGAAGGGAUAGCCGCGCUAGCACUACCUACAGUGCCACCACCAAGCAACUUGAUGUGGAGGAGCUUGAGAUGCUCUUGGAAGCUUAUUUUGUGCAGAUUGACGGCACUCUCAACAAGCUAUCUACGCUGAGGGAGUACGUUGAUGACACGGAGGAUUACAUCAACAUUAUGCUGGAUGACAAACAGAACCAUCUCCUACAAAUGGGAGUCAUGUUGACCACAGCAACUCUGGUUGUAAGUGCGUUUGUUGUUGUGGCUGGUAUUUUCGGUAUGAAUAUUAAAAUUGAGCUGUUUAAUCCCGAUAUAGCUGGAAUGAGAGAGUUCCUCUGGACUGUUGGUGGCAGCACUGCUGGAACCAUAUUCUUGUAUGUGGUUGCCAUUGCCUGGUGCAAGCACAAGCGCUUGCUGGAGUAACUAGGCACCCAAUUCAUCAAGAAAUAUAAUGCAAUACAAAAAAACUACGUUGUACUUAUGUGCUAUAAACUUUAAUAUGAGACUGCUGCAGCAUCUAGUUGCUUCUUGUACACGAUGAUCCUUCAAUUUCAACUACUGUGCAUGAUAUUCUGUGGACAGAAUGCCAGAAACAUUAUUUUAUGUACACUUGCUGCAUUUCCAGCAACAUUUCUGCUAUUUACACUAAGAUUUUCCUCUAAGAUUCAAGGAUUUUUCAUCUCA